GGCGUGAAAAUUCAGGUUCCCGGGACCAGUCCGGGGUCGGCGAGAGCAUGGCUUCUCCAUGCGAUCGCACAGUGUCCGAUUCUUCCUGGGGUGCUUAGCGAUUCUUCCGGGCCAAGGUCAGCAUCAACCUCUCUACGAACCAGACGGCCAAUGAGUGUGUGCGCGAUUGUUUGACUCCUUCGUAGCUCAUCUCCAUGGGGUUUGUGGCGUUUUCUCCACAUUCUCCGCAAAACAGCACGUUAUCGGACUCAUCUCGGCUAGGAUAUAUAGGUGCAGACUGAUCUUCAUCUGUUGGGUUGCUCUUUCAUCUCGCCCAAGCCAAGCCUACUUGCCUGGCUGACGACCUCAAUCUCUACUUCGGCACCAACAGAGACCAGCAACCUUGAAGUCUACAAGCACACCGAUUCUUCGACUUCAACAUGGGUCUCCUUACCCUCGUCGAGGACCGACCGACGCCCAAGGCUGUCUACAACUGGAGAGUCUACACAGCAGCAUGUGUCGCAUCAUGGGCAGCGUGCAUGAUUGGUUACGACAGUGCCUUCAUUGGCACGACACUGGCUCUACCAUCUUUCGUUGAAGAAUUUGGCUUCGCGGAGAUGGAUCCCGCAGACCUAAACCUCACCAAGGCCAACAUCGUCUCGGUAUACCAAGCUGGUGCUUUCUUCGGUGCUUUUGGAGCAUAUGCAUCCAGUCACUACAUCGGCAGGAGGAAGUCUCUUAUUCUCUGGGUCCUCAUAUUCAUCGUGGGCGCUGGUAUGAUGCUGGGUGCCAAUGGCGACCGAGGUCUCGGUUUGAUCAUUGGUGGCCGUGUUCUAGCAGGCUUGGGGGUAGGUGGAUGCAGUAACAUGGUCCCAAUCUAUAUCUCCGAACUGUCACCGCCAGCUGUUCGUGGACGACUUGUUGGUAUCUACGAGCUCGGAUGGCAGAUGGGAGGUCUCGUUGGAUUCUGGAUCAACUAUGGUCUCCAAGAGACCAUGGCGCCUUCUCACAAGCAAUGGAUCAUUCCUUUUGCCGUGCAACUCAUUCCCGCUGGCUGCUUGUUGCUCGGUGCUUUCUGGAUGAGAGAAUCACCCCGAUGGUGUUUGAGCAAGGGGAAGCGCGAGCAAGCGCUGAAGGAUCUCUGCUGGAUCCGCAACCUCCCCGAAGACCACCCAUACAUCAUGGAAGAGCUUGAGGCUAUAGAUGCUCAAGUCGAACACGACAGACUUACCGUUGGACCCGGUUUCUGGAAGCCAUUCCUUGCGCUUAAGCAUCGCAAGGUACAAUACCGCCUCUUCCUCGGCGGCAUGCUGUUCCUUUGGCAGAACGGAUCUGGAAUUAACGCGAUCAACUACUACUCUCCAACCGUCUUCAAGAGUCUUGGCGUUACUGAAGGGUUCCUUACCACUGGUAUCUUCGGUGUCGUCAAAUGCGUUUUGACUUUUGUCUGGCUCAUCUGGUUGAUCGAUCGUCUCGGUCGCACCAAGCUCCUUAUGUACGGUGCUCUAGGUGGCUCUCUCUGCAUGUGGUACAUUGCUGCCUACAUCAAGAUCGCGGACCCCGCGAACAACCCUAACCCCUCAGGCAACCUCUCCUCCGGCGGUAUCAGCGCAGUCUUCUUCUUCUACCUCUGGACCGCCUUUUACACCCCCUCAUGGAACGGUACCCCAUGGGUCAUCAACUCCGAGAUGUACAGCCAGCAGACCCGUUCUCUGGGUCAAGCUUUUGCUGCUGCUAACAACUGGUUCUGGAACUUCAUCAUCUCAAGAUUCACUCCUCAAAUGUUUAGUGCCAUGGGCUACGGAGUAUACAUGUUCUUCGCAUCCCUUAUGUUGCUCAGCAUACCUUUCGUAUUCUUCUUGAUUCCUGAAACCAAGGGUAUCCCACUCGAGCGCAUGGACGAGCUCUUCACCAUCAAGCCUGCAUUCAAAGCACACGGCGUCCUGGUUGACAGGAUGAAGGAGAACGAGGAAGUGAACCUCGUAAUCAGGGAUGAAAAGGCAAGGGCGGAUGAACACAAAGAGAUGGCUUAAGCGCUCGAUUGUCUUGCACACGUACAAUAUCAUACAUAGCAAUGGAACAAUCAAUUUCACC